AUGUUAGAAAAUUAAAAAAAAGAAAUAUAUAUAUUCACAUUAAACAUGACAGAAGCCAAGAAUGACUUAACUCGGAUUGGCUUAUUCAGUGAGCUUGGUUAUGUCUCAAUUGGAGACCCAUACACCAAUGUCAAUAACAAGCCCUUUAAUGAUGUUGCUCACAAAGGGAAGCAGAUGUUACCAGGAGGUAGCAAGACAAAAAGUGCUUUACAAGCAGGUUAUUUUGACAAGAACUUCAACAGAAUAAUGCACGGUGAAGGUUAUUCCGACCCGGUAAAAAGACGUCGGCAAGAACGAUUAGACAAAGCGAAACAAAACUUAGGACACGCAUUUAUGCCUAGUCAUGCUGGAAAGGAGCCUUCUGGUGCAGGCAGCCAUUAUGGAACUUUUAGUGGUCCAAUACCUGUUUUCAGUCCAGUGACAAAAACUAGGAAGGAUUAUAUAUCACCUGGUCGUAAUUUCAUCACGAACCCGAGUAAGAAUGGAACUGGUUAUGGUUACGUUAAUGUUUUGAUUGGAAAGCCGCAAACGUAUGCUUCUGAACCGUAUGAUAGAGCGAAAGAAAUAAUGAAGAAUUCGCAUAGUCAAAGCAAGAAAAAGAUGAAAGGUGGAGCGUUUAAGCUAAAUCUCCAUCCCACAGCUUAUUUUGAUAAUAACCCGUACAAGACAGACAAACCAAUGCCACCAUACAAAGAAGUUAAAAAGGUGAAACAAAAUUUAAAACCGUUUCAACCAAGCUCGCCUGGGAAAGAGAUCGGCGGUUCGAAAGCUGGUUGUUUUACGCAAUACCCAUCGCAUUCAAACGAUCCAUAUGUGGUGAAAAAGCGUUCAUUUCGUGAAAAUGCUGGACAAAAAAAUAUAUUUCGACCAUCGCAAGGCCCGAAAACGAUGCCAACUAGAUCAACGAUUUCACAGAAUGUCGAGAGGCGAAUUAACAGGUUGAACUUCAAGCAAGCUUCAUUAGCACCUAUCUCAAUUUAAAUGUCAAUUUUAUUUUUGUAUCGUAUAAAUAUAUAUAUAUAUAUAUAUAUAUUC